GAGAAUGAUGUAGAUUUGAGUAUGGCUCAGCAGUUGUAUAGAGAUACUAGAGCUAGUAUUGAAAUGAUCCCGAUUGAUUGUCUUGAAGAUGAUUUGAUGCUAGAUCUCUUUGGACUCCACAUAUUUCAAGGAGAACUCCAGUCUACCCCAAGGGCCAGCAUGGACAGUUUAUUGGAUAGUUGCUUCGUCGAUUCUUCAUCCAGGCCAAGGGAGGCAUUGCUGAGUGAUCCCAGCAGUAACCAUGACAGGAGCACUUCCAGUGGAGAUCCUCUUACACCUCCAAAAGUAAGCUUGGAGUGGGCUUUGCGUAACAUGUGCAGAACUCCGUCAUCUCCUGGACUGCCUACCAACUCCUUCACUGCACCUCCCCAGAGACAGCGACUUUGGAAUCUGUUGGAGCAGUAUUCUUCUCCAGACCUUCCUCGCCUUCCAAGGCCCAGGAACAGUGUGUUCAUGAGGCCAUCUCAGCUGGAUGCCAUGGGUGAGGGUGACAGAGCAUCAUCAUCUUCACCCGUGCAUCAGCCACCUCCGCCCUACAACCCAAUGUGGGCCACACGCACCUUUCGCCCGCCUCUAGUUCAUCCUGUUGGUUCACCCUGUGAUCGACCUGAGAAAGAUGAACAAUCACACCAGCGUAAAGAUGAAAGUAAACCUGACGAGCGGAGAUCUUCUUCCCCCUGAAUGACUAUGGAUUUUUAUUACUGUACUUAACAUUCCAAUUUGCUUUUUAGUCAAUUUUUAAAUUUUAUUGUUUAAUAUACCGUACUCAAGUAUUAGAUGAUGAUUUGAAUCUCUCACUACUGUCAGUAAUUUAAUUGCUUUCUUCUUAAUUUAAAGUGUUUGAUUUACAUUAAACAUUUUUGUAUGUGAAUGGAUGUUUUUGUUUUACGUUCAGUACAAUGUUGGCGUUCUUUCAAAUAUUAUGUGUAUGAAUGGACAAUCACUUAAGUAUGAUACAAAAAUUUAAAUAAUUAUGGCUUGUCCAAGAGAUUUGCAUUACCUUCAUAUUGAAAGUUAAUUUUAAAUCAUCGACAUUGUUUAUAAUUUUAAAUCCAAAUAUGUGCCUAGUAGACUCUUGUGAUAGGCAAUCAGAUAUGAUAUAGUCUGGUAAAUCCUGUAAUCCAGGCAUCUUAUAGACCCAAUAUCAUAUACUUUAUACGAUAACGGGUGUCCCUGUAACAUCCCUUUAAUCCUACUUUAAUCAAUUUUUAUGAUUGAAGUAUAAUUUUAAGUCUUAUGAUCUAGGGCACGUGCUAGAUAAUACUUGAAUGGUAAAUAAAAAGGCUAUUUCCUUUAGGGGUUCCCCCCUCUCUAGUAAAAUUUAUUUCUAGAGGCCAUUUUUAAAAAUCUAGGUAUGCUGACAAACUUUCAUAAACUAGUUUAAAUGAGUUUUAGUUGUAAUAAUUUACAACUGUUCCAUCAUAGAGUGUUUUAAAUAUAUAUUUAAAAUAGAUAAUUUUUCCUUUUUUGACAACUGUGAGAGGAAGGUAAAUAAAUCACUCUUUAGAUCUGAAAUCAAGAAAUUGGUUGAAAACUAGUAUUUCUAUUCACCUAAUAACUGUUCUAAAUAAAAGUAAUCUUGAAUCGGUUAAUGGGUAUUGCAUUGGAUUUAUUUUGCCUCGGAAAUAAGUUUUUGACCCUAUAAAACUGUGCAAUUUGUGCACGGGUCCCCUCGUAUCCAUUAAAGGGAGUGUAUAAAAUUGUUUUUCGUCAUACUGCUGCAAAAACAGCCGUUUUUAAUACACACGUUGCAGGUAUAAAGUAGCCCUUUUACUACCUAGGGAGUAAAAAGCCAUUUUAAUCCCUAGAAAGUAAGUCAGCUGCUGUAAACUCAGUUCUAAACUUAAGCGAUUGUAAGCAAUAGCAUUUCGAUAUUAGCCUAUGUAUCAAUUGAUUUAAUCGGUAGUAGAUUAUUGUUGCAUUCUUAUGAAUAGUUUGAUUUAUCGAGUAAUGUACACUAACACAAUCAUAAUAGACAAAUUAACAAAUUGAUUGAAUCAAUGACUUAACAUCUGCUUGUUUGCAUUAUCAAAAAUUAAAAACAAGUUGAAAGUCAUCUUUACAUAAAUAUUUGUUUUCUAACUUAUUUUGUGAAAUGAUGUCGAAUAUGAUAAAAAAUAUAUCGUACACGGGGCAAAAUGUGUCUUUUCAACCCUUGCUCAAUUCCCGACCUUGGUCGUGAAACUUGAGCUUGGGUCAAAAAGAGUCAGUUUACGCCUUAGUGAUUAAAUAUUUGAGUACUCUGAUAUCCCUAAUAGCCUUCUUCAUCCUCUGCGAAAUUAGUGCACGAGAGUCUACUGUGGCUAUUUUUUUAUUAUGUUGCCAGCAAAAUGUAUGUAGUAGAAAAUUAUUUUUGGUAAACAAGGGCAUAAAUUAUAGUAAUUUAUAUAAAAAAUGACAUCAUAAGUACCCUCUUUUACAUAUUCAGUAUACACCAA